UCCAAUUAUAUUCUUUCGUAGAGAACCAUUUAAAAAUUAUUGUUUAUUUUUUUUUACUAAAAAUUUACUGGCUUUGACACUUUUAAUAGUUAAUUACUCGAUGUACCAUCUAAAUUCAUAAAUAGUUAAACUUUUAUGGUAUUAUGGAUCGCCAUAAAAUACAAUUGAAUCGUCACAAAAAAAAAAACAAGAAUAUAAGAGCGGAAGUUAUAAAUGAAAAAUAGCAAAAGAAAAAAAACAAGAGGAACAAAGAAGUUAUUGCUAAAUCACGUCUUAUGAUUGAUUAUAUGCAGUUAAAUGUAAGUCCUGACAUAAAUGAUGAAACUUGUUCACUUGCCAGCUCGAGUCAUCCUCAGAACUUUGAAGACGGAGAAAAGGUUUCAGAAAUUGUAGAGGAGGUUCUUGAAGUUUCAUCAACUCAAGCGCUUUCUGUUGGACUUGUUCUAAAUGAAAAUAUUUGCUCGGAAAAUGACAUUGGAUUAUGGCCAGAGAAUAUGACAUCAAGUAAUAUUGACUAUUGCCUAAAAAUAGGCGCCUCAGCUUUUCAAAACUGCGACCAAGAUAUAAUUAAUAAUAAAUCAUUUAAGCAAAGCGCCCGACAUUCUGAAAAAAUUUUUAAAGGAAAUGCCAAACAAAUUUUUUUGAAUGAAAAACAAGAAACGGUGAGAUUAUAAAGUGUCCAUGGCUCUGCCUUUCUCCGAAUAAUGGACACGUAUACUAUUUUGUAUGUAAACUUUUUUCCCAAACACGUUCUCAGUUUACUCAUGGUGGUUAUUGCGAUUGGAAAAAUGCUGUAACACGUCUGGUAGAACACGAAAUUUUUAAAAACUACCUGAAUUCUGUUAUUAAUUUAGCUGCACGGUCUAAAGAAGUGGGACGUAUUGAUUAAAAACUAACAAAACAAGCAGAAGAUGAAGCAAAAUCCUGGGGAGAAGUUCUCAGGAGAUCGAUAAGUGUGGUAGUUUUUAUUAGUGAAAGAGGCUUAGCAUUUAGAUGUGAAAACGAAACUUUUAGGUCUCCAAAAAAUGGAAACUACCUAGGAAUAUUGGAGCUUAAUGCAAAGUAUGACCAUUUUUUAAAUGACUACAUAAAAAAAAAAAAUGGAAACCAAGGAAGUGGCCACACAAAUUAAUUAUCAUCAAAGAUUUGUGAGGAGAUAGUGCAACUAAUCAGCAAAGAAGUUUUCAAUGAAAUUAUUUCUCUAAUCAAAUACUCAAAGUACUAUUCCAUAUCAUUGGACUCAACUCCAGACGAAGGUCACGUUGAUCAACUUACUUUGAUUUUCAGGUAUUUAGAAGAAAACAUUCCUGUUGAAAGAUUUGUGGCAUUCAUGCCUAACCAAGGCCACAAAGCAAAGGAUAUGUUUAAAGGUUUAGACACAUUUUUGAAAGAAAAUAACUUGGACAUAAAGAACUGUUGUGCUCAGUCAUACGACAAUGCUUCUUCAAUGAGUGAAAAGUAUAAUGGUCUUCAAGCGUUAGUACUGGCAGAAAAUAACUUAGCAUUAUAGGUACCUUGCGCAGGGCACUCACUCAAUCUCGUAGUGCAAGCUGCUGCUGAGUGCUGUGAGCUUUUUCGACUUUUUAGAAAAAAUUUAUGUAUAUUUCACUGUCUCGACUAACAGGUAUAAAGUUUUUACAAAUUGUUUAAAAAGAGCAGAAACUGAAAACCCCAUUCUUGUACCAAAAAGGACAAAAACAAUACGUUGGUCAUGUAGAGCAGAUACUAAAAAAGCCCUUUUAUGUGGAUAUAAAAAAAUAAAAAAUGCACUUUUAGAAAUUUCUGAGAAUAAAGAAGAAUUAGGAAAAUCGCGUAUUGUUGCUUUAAGUUUAUAUAACAAAAUGUCAAAGAUACAAACAGGCCUCUACGCAGUAUUUUGGAAUGAUAUCUUGGGACAAGUAAACAAAAUUAGUGAAAUUUUACAGAAUCCUAGAUUAGAUGUGAACACAGCUGUUUUAGCACUGAAAUCGCUAAGAAGCUUUAUAGGAACAACACGAGAUAGCUUUGAAGAAUAUUUUGUGAAAGUUGCAGAGUUGGAUGAUUUUGUUGAGUACGACAGUGAAACACAGCGUAAGCGUAAAAUAAAUGUGCGUUUGUCCCCUCUUGACAGUGUCCAAAUACCAGAAAUUGAAAUGAGCUCUUCAAACAAAUUUCGAAUUCAGAGUUUUCUCCCUGUAAUAGAUCAACUUGAAUCUUCAUUGCAACAAAGGCUUGAGGCAUAUGAACUAGUUGAUAACCGUUUUGGGUUUAUUUAUAAGUUAGAUAUACUUGAUGAUAAAAAGAUAAUUAUAACAGCUCAAAAUUUAGUAAAAUUAUAUGAUAAUGACUUGGACGAUUAAUUAGGAAAUGAACUGAUUCAAUUCAAGGCUUUUUACCAAGAGUUUCUAAAAGAUGAUGAUGGAAAAAAUGAUAAAGUUAUAUUUCGGGAAAGAUGGAUGUAGCAGCUUCUAAUUGAAAAAAAUGUAAAAGAUUAUUUUCCUAAUAUUGAGGUAGCUUUAAGAAUGUACCUGUCACUUAUGGUCACCAACAGAAGCGGAGAAAGAUCUUUUUCAAAAUUAAAGUUGAUCAAAAACCGUCUCCGAACAUCCUUGGCAGAAGAAAGGUUCAACACGUUAGCUCUACUUAGCAUUGAGAGUGACAUUUUAAGACAAAUAAAUUAUGAAGAUAUUAUAACAUAAGUGAUUUCAUUAAUACAAAGU